AUGCAAGAGCAACAUAUAAUCAAAUGGUUGAUAUUAUUUAUGACAAUUGUCGAAUGUGUUCAUAGCUUUGAAAUAUUUAUUAAGAACACUAAUGAUAACAAUGAUCAAAAUAUUGAAGAAUGGAACAUUAUUAAUAAUAAAACUUACGAAAUAUCUCUUUUUCAAACACGUUAUAUCACAAUACGUAUUAAUCCAGAUGACCUUCAUGGUAAUCGAAAUAUCAAUGAUCAUAAUGUUAUAGGAUUUAAAUUCCAAGUAAAAUCAACAGAUAUACGAGUAGUUGAUGUUCAAAAAGAAGUUAUGGUACCAACAAGAAGAACAAAUGAAAAUAAUUCGCAUAGUAUUCUACUCGAAGAUUUAUUUAUCUUACCUAGUAAGAAUGCACUUGGUCAUAUUUUUAAUGCAUAUCCAUCACCUACAUUAAUUUAUCUUGGAAAUUCAGCUAUUAUUGAUGUAACAUGGUCAAUAAAAAGUACUAUGAUGGAAGUAACAAAUUUAACAUUUUCGUUGGAUAUAUUUUAUAAUGAUGAUUCAACAUCAACAUAUACAUGGCCAUUAAAUAUUCUUGUUACACAACCAAAACGUAUAAUUGAUAGAUUAUUUUAUAUAAUAUUACCUUUUCUUGUUGUAUUUAUUUCAAUACAAAUGGGUAUAUUACUUGAUACAACAAUUUUAAUGGAUCUUGUUAAAAAACCAACACCAGUUAUUGUUGGUUUUAUUUCUCAAUAUGGUCUUAUGCCAUUUUUAGCAAUGGCUAUUGCAAAAAUUUUUCAUUAUUCACCGUUAUAUAGUCUUGCACUUUUUAUUAUUGGUUGUUGUCCAGGUAGUGGUGCUUCAAAUCAAUGGACGCUUUUAUUUGAUGGCGAUGUUAAUCUAUCAGCUCUUAUGUCGUUUGUAUCAACGGCUUCAUCCUUUGUUAUGAUGCCACUUUAUUUUUAUACAAUAGGACGUAUUUAUAUGAAGGAAUUAUCAAUAGAUGUACCAUUUUUGGGUCUUCUUCGUUCGUUAGCACUUGUUGUUGUACCAUAUAGUAUUGGCAUUGGUAUCAGUCAUGUUUCACCAAAAACUCGUGCUUUUGUUGAAACUCUUGUUAAACCCAUGAUGUUAUUUCUGUUAAUAUUUUUUCUUGUUUUCGGCACGAUUGUUAAUUGGUAUUUGAUUAUAACAAUUGAUUUAUAUACAGCAUUAACAGCACCAUUAUUACCUUAUUUAGGUUUUAUAUUUGGUGCUGUAUUGGCAUGGAUAUGUCGUCUUAGUUGGUCUCAUAUAAAAACCGUUGGUAUUGAAGCUGGAAUACAAAAUACUGGUAUUGCAUUCAUGAUUAUGUAUUAUUCAUUUCCACAACCUUAUGCAACAAAAGCCAUUGUUGUACCACUAGUUGUAGCUUUUCUAACAACAAAACCAUUUUGGCUUGCUUAUGUGAUACGAAGUCGUUAUAUUAAAUAUAAAAAAAGAAAAGAAUUGAAAAAAAAACAAGAUUUAACAACAAAAGUAGAUAAUAAUAAUGAAAUAUUAAUUUUAGGACAUGAGAAGCCAUAUAUAAACAAUGAACAAAAUAACAUGAACGAAGACUAUGCUGAAAUGAUGGAGAAUUUUAUCAAUUUGAAUAUGGGUACAAAUAAAGAACGUCAAUUAUUUCAUAGUAAAUUUAAUAAUAAACAAAAUCAUAUGUCAUCUGUUCAACAUGUUGAACAAUCUGGAAAAAAACAAUUAGAAAUAAUUGGUUUAGAAUUAACACCAAAAAUAUCAUCGAAUACAACGGAUCAUCACUUAUUUAUUAAAAAGACAAAUUCUUCUAUUGAUUCAAAAGUAAAAUUAACUAAAGUUGAUCAAACAAUGUUACAAUUACCGAAAAGAGCAACAUUUAUAGCAAACCGAAGAGUAGCGGAAAAUAUUUUUCCAAGAACCUUAACGUCACAUUCAUUGAUUUCAUCUAAUCUUCCAACAUCAGAUAAAUCAACUACAGUUUCUUCAAAUCAUCGAACAAAUACAUCAAUACAAAGUUCAGAUGAUAAAUCAAUUAUGACACAACGAACGCAAUCAAAUUUAACAUUAAAUUCCUCUAUAACAGUUUUAAAGAAAAUGCCAACAACUACUAAUCAAUUAUCACCAAGAUCAUCAAAAAAAUCUCAACAAUCUCUUGUAAAUUUAGGACGAGAUACAACAUCAAUCAAAUUGCCUACAUUAGUAAAACGAACAGCAUCAUCAAUUGUCAAACCAAUACCAUCAGCAUAUAUUCAAGAUUCAUUACACCUUCAAAUACCUUCUUCAAAUUUUACAAAUCGAUCAAUAUUACAACCAACACCAAUUCUACCAAUUUAUGCACCUCAUCGUUCAGUAACAUUAUUUGCUGAGCAACAACAUUUACCAUUAAUAAAAGAUCGUAUGAUCAAAGCUAAUCUCUCACAAAAAGCAAGUUUUAAAUGUAAAUCACCAACUUGUCGACCAGAUAGUUCAAUUAGCCGUUCAACCACUGCUGUUGUUACUGCUUCUCAAUUAAAAACAAAAACACACAAUCCACUUAAGUAUAUGGAUGUAGGUUUAUUACUCAAUGAAGCAGCACGAAAUAGAUUGAAACGAUUAUUUCAACAACUUGAUACAGAUCGAGAUGGGCAUCUAACAUAUCCUCAAGUACAAAAAUGUUUACCACCAAAUUUACCUCGUGCUCAAGAAACAUUUUUUCGUGUGUUAUACGAUAUAACAACUGAUGCAACGUUUUUUGGUUUACAAGAAUUUUAUGCAACAGCUGUACUUGUUGAUAUGGUAGCUAAACAAGAUUCAGAAAUAUGGAGCUCAUUAUUAGACGAUGUUGAUUUUAAUUAUUAUCAUGAUGAUGUACUUGAAUUACUUGAUGAAUUUGAUAGUCGUUAUUCACCAGUAACAUCUACAAUAAAUUUUGAUAAUCUUGUUGGAUUAAUUAUGAAUCGAACAAACAAUGGUAAAUAUGAACGUGUGACAAAGGAAUUAGAGAAUCGUAUUCCUAUGAUAAAAACAAUGAAAGUUACUCGAUUAGAAUUUAUUGCUUUUAUACCAAUUAUUAUUUACAUUGAAUCAAGUCUUGAUCAUGAAAAACCAUUAUUUCGUUUUCGAGACAAUUCCAUACUCAAUUCACACAUGCAAAAAGCAUUAUUAACUUAA